UUAUUGGCAAAAAAUUGUAACUGUAACUAAAUACUUUUAUAAAGUAACUUUCCCAACCCUGAUUACACCUAACUUGUCUGAUUAUCAUAUUGUCAUAUUAUUUCAAAUAUGGAAAUUUGUCAAAUCUCAGACUACGACUUUAGGACUUUUAUGUAGACGAGGCUUAAGUUAGAUUAGGUUAUUUACAGGUAUUAUACGUUUUAUGACGUAUUUUACCGUAAAAUACCGUAAAAUGUAAAAAUCCCUAGGAAGGCCUUAACCGGCGGAGGAAGAAGAAGACGUCGUCAGUCACAUGUUGUUGCGUCUCUCUGUAGUACACGUGCGUCGUAAUCACUGAAUGUGAGGUUAUGUGUCACGGAGAGUAUUAGUUCUUGUUACUCUUGACUGAGCGACAGCGAUUUCCUUCGUAAAUACAAAAAGGGGAGCAACGUUAAAAUGUCGUCGUGGAAGAAAGCCGCGAAGGCGAGCCAGAAGACCCACCGGGAGCGUCACCAGCCGGAGACUCGCAAGCACCUGGGGCUGCUGGAGAAGAAGAAAGACUACAUCGCCAGGGCCAGGGACUUCCAGGAGAAGCGGGCGACGAUCAAGCUUCUGAGGAAGCGCGCACUGAACAAGAACCCGGACGAGUUCCACUUUCACAUGAUCAACUCCAAAGUGAUCAACGGCGUUCACCGGGAGAAGGACAAGGAGGACCAGCACACCCCUGAACAGAUCAAGCUGUUGGAGACCCAGGACCUCAAAUACGUAGCGUACAAGAGAAACAUCGAGGCGAAGAAAAUAGACAAGCUGCAGAGUCAGUUGCACAUGAUUGACGCAGCCAACGAGACGCCGAAUCGGCAUAUCUUUUUCCUGGACAGCGCUGCCGAGGUGAAGAGCUUUGACCUCGCCAAGAAAUUGGACACCCAUCCGGCGCUUCUGUCCAGGCGCACCAAUCGGCCAACGCUGAGUGCGAUCAAGACUAUGAAGCUGCCAGAACUUGAUAAUAAAACUAUCGCCAAGCUCGAGCAGAAGAAUCACAUGGCUUACAAAGAGCUCGAGAAGAGGGUCAACAGGGAACGCGAACUGACGGUGGUGCAGCACAAGCUGGAGGUGCGCAGAGCGCUGAAAGACAAGAAAACCAGGAAACCGAAGCUAGUGAAAUCUGGCUCGAAGGAGGCCGCUCCCAUUUAUAAGUGGAAGUUUGAGAGGAAACGAUGAUUUACUUACAGAAUUUUUUAUAAUUAGGUGUAUAAAUUAUUUGUAAUAUUAUGAAUGAAAUGUAUAUACAU